AGUGUUGAAGGAACUGCCGCCAGGAUGGCAGAUGUAAGCCUGUUUUUUGGCGGUUUGCCGGCCAUUCUCCUGAAGCCGGAUACAAUUUACCGCAUUGGGAGGCAGAAAGGCCUGGAAAUAAGCAUCGCCGAUGAGUCAAUGGAGCUGGCCCACGCCACCGCCUGCAUACUGCGCCGGGGUGUGGUGCGCCUGGCCGCCCUGGUGGGCAAGAUCUUUGUGAACGACCAGGAGGAGACCGUGGUAGACAUCGGCAUGGAGGACGCCUCGGCCGGCAAGGUGAAACUCCGCUUUGGCAAUGUGGAGGCCAGGCUGGAGUUUGGAGAAGAUCACGAUGAGGUCCACGACAGCAGCGGAUUCGGGGAAUGCCUGAAGAACGGAUUGAACAACACGACCUUGGACAGCAUGGAUGUUCCGGAAACACAGCCUCCAUCCGCCAACACGUCAGUCAACACAACGUCAGAUAGCUUAUUCAUACCCGAGACCCAGGCGGUGGUCUGCGAAAGGCCUUCGACCGGCGAAAGAGUGUCGAUGGGCGAAGACUUCAUGAUACCCGAAACGCAGGACAUGCUUGCGGAUCUUCCACCUGAACCACCAGUGUUUAAAGCCCCGCUUAUUCCUGUAGUUGAUAACCCAGAUCCGACGAUGGACACCGAUGGGGAAUCAUCUCAGGGCAGCAUUAUACGCAUGUGCACCCAGGAUUAUAAUGAGGAUGCCAUCGAUGACUUCGAUACCUCACAGGUCCUCUGCGAUGUUCUGCUGCCUCUUCCGCCGCCACCAGCACCCAUUAAAGGUCUUGAAAAUCAGGAUACUAAGCGGGAUCAACUGGACACCACCGACAUGGAAAUGAGUGCCUUGAACUGGUCGGCUAGCAAUUCCAAAUGCUGUGCCCUGAGUAGCACCAAAGCGGAUGAUAUACUGCCGCGUGGCGAUGCCUGCAUUACACCCGAUUUGACCGCUCCCUCCGUAGAUAGAAAUAUCUGCACACCCGAUCUAUUUGACCUGAUCAUGGUAAGGGAUGGGAGGCGCGAUGGCUCCAGCAGUCCAGAUCCGUUCGUUCGUCCUGCGGACAAUACAAAUACCGCCACACCGCAGUUUGGCGGAGUUAAACAGCUGGUUGUGGCGACAAUUGAGACCCCCACUGCCACUCCUGACACGAAUAGCCCAUCUAGUCAGGAAAAGAAUCAGGAUAUGAUAGACACUCAACGAUUUCCACGACAUAAAUUGUUGGAAAGUGACGAGGAAGACAAUGAGCAAAACAACCAAGACUUCGUGGCUACUCAGGCGUUUAACUUAGGACGUCCGCAGGCACCAGAAGGUAAUGAAGCCAAUCAAGAUUUCAUAGCGACACAGGCCUUUAACUUGGCACCGCCACAAAAAGUUGAUUCACCUAAACCCUCUACAGCCAAUGAUGCGCCCAACCAAGAUUUUAUAGAAACUCAGGCAUUUAACUUAGGACUCCCACAAGAAAACAUUGCUUCACCAGAAAAUAAUGAGACUUCCAACCAAGAUUUUAUAGCCACUCAAGCAUUUCCCGCCAAGAUCAAUAGUUCUCGUUGCCAGGACUUUGUAGCCACGCAACCUUUUCAUGUGGUCAACCAGCACGCCGUGAGUUUACAAGACAAAGAGAACAUUCCACUUAAAGACAGUGCCAAACUUGCACCAGAUUUGAAAUUCCUUGAAGAAGAAAUUCCUUGCAGUGAGAUCGAUGCUGUGCUCAAUGAAAUGAUUUCAGGGACUGUGGUAACGUCGCCUGUAAAUCCCAAUGAAGAGUCGAUACCAUUUUUUGAGCCGUGUGUGAUCAAGGAUAAGAAUCACUAUCAGAAGAUCUGUCAGAUUGAAGGCGUUUUUAGUAACGUGAGUAACAAAAGUCGGGGGCGCACUGAUGGAACUGGUUUUGGCCGUCUCAAACGAACGGCCAAAUCGGAAUCUCCUCCAGGAACCCCAAGCCGUAAGGGCAGACGAAUAUCGGAGGGUUCUGAGAAACCGGGAAGUAACUUCAAAGAACGGCUAAACAAUUUAGUGGAUAAAAAAUCGGAAGCCCUUAACAAGUCGGUUAUCGGGGAACAUGGCAUCGAUUCCAUUCCAGAAGAGAUAACAAAGGAAGACAAAUCAGACUCAGAAGAGGAAGCCGAUUCUUUCAAAAAUGUUGUUAAUCGAUUGCAGUCCCGUAGAAGCCGAAUCCAAAGCCGCCUUGGUACUCCAGGAAGCUCUUUAGAAAGGAAUGAAGUCAACGCCGACAUGGUGGAUAAAUCUAACAUGGAGCCACCUACAAAAAAUAUACGUGGUAGAAAGGCCAAGAAGGCGGAUACUAAAGAGCCAGACUCAUCCAAGGAUAUUCCCAAGCCUACGGCAAGAACCAGGCGCCAAACCAGCGAUGAGGAUGAUCGAAUGCCUGGUCUGGGAAAAGGAAGAAAGGCCAAGAACUCUGCGUCGAGUAAGGCAGACACAUCUAAGAAUAUUGAAAGGGCCAAAGUCUCGAAGAGAGUCACACGACAAAAUAGCGCUGAUGAUGCCGAGUUGCUUGAGGAAGACAGUUCUGUCACAGAAAGAGGAAAAAAGGCUAAGAAGGUCAAGUCAAGUAAAGAGGAAACGUCAAAAGAUAUUCCCAAGUCAAAACCCAGAACAAGGCGGCAAACUGCCGACGAAGACGCUAUGACACCAAAGGCAGAAAAAGAAAGACAGGUUCAGGGGGAAGAACCCAAGGAUAUGCCCAAGCCAGCGGCCAGAACCAGGCGAAAAGCUAGCGCUGAAGAGACUGAGAGCGUAACAGAAGUUGUCAAACCGAAAAGAGGUGGAAAGGCCAAGAAAACCGAGACUACCACAGCUGAGGCAACUGUCAAUAAGCCUAUGAUUAAAACCAGGCGCAUAACAAUUUCCGAAGGUUGCAGCACCCAGACUAAAGUAAAAGUAACGGGUGCAUUAAUUAAACGUGCGGUUGUCCGCAUAUCCAGAGUAAGCAUAGAACAACUCGAGGCUUCCACAAGCGCUGGAAAUAAUGCCAAGGUAACUGGGUCUGCCAAGUCGUGUUCUGCAACGCCCUCAAAUGAAGAGCCAUCAUCUAGCUCAGCUGCUGCCAAGGGGCCAAAUGUAUCUACAGCAACUACACGCGCAACCAGGACAACUCGUGCUGCCACGUCGGGUUCGGCAACUCCUACUGCCGAUCAGUUAUCAACCACUGGCAGGCGACCUAAGCGUUUAGCAUCUGGCGAAGAGCCCACGUCCAGCUCGGUCGUCCCUACCAAGAAGCCUAAAAUGUCUGCCGACGAAGUCCUGAAGAACAGAUCAGGCGCUACUGCAACGCGAUUCAGUCAGCCGGAUGCCGAUCCCCUUAAAGCAUUAAACUUAUACGUGAGGAAGGCCAAGACUACUACGGGCAAAAUUAAGGUAGCGUUUACCAUGUGCAAUCGUCCAGCUUUGGAAUCUGUCCUCAAGUCACUAAAGCACGUGGUGGAGAUCACCGAAGAUCCCUUGCAGUGCGACCUGCUUGUGAUGGACAAGGGCGAGCGCACCUACAAGUUCCUAACAGUCAUUGCUUCCAACAAACCAGUUCUCUCCACCAAUUGGCUGCACUCCGUGAAGAAGACCAGGAGCAUCGACAUAAAGGCAGACCAUCUAUUCAGCGACCCGACGUUUGAGGAGACCUACAAGUUCAAACCCUCCUCCGUACUGGAACACCCUCGCCUGCUGUAUGGCAUGCACUUUAUGCUCGGACAAGACAUAGUGCCAAAGGCCAGCGAAAUGAAAGUCAUCAUUCACAGCGCCGGCGGCAAGGUGCACGCCCAACCGCCUUCGCUGGCCAUCAGCGUGGAUCUGUACGUGGUCACCACCAGCAAGGAUACGAAAUCUAAGCGACGUCUGAACAACUAUGAAAGGGUGCACUUCAUCAAAACCGAGGCUGUUAUGCAGGCGCUGGUUCAACACAACAUUGAAAUGCUACAGGAGCACACGCUCAAACUUUAAACGUUAUAGUUUUUUUUAGGUGUUCUCCGCUUUUUGUUAUCAUUUGUUAGCCAUUAUUCCAAAAUUGUACAUCACACAGGGGAGUCCCAGCCGAAAUCUCUUUCAUACUUUAAACUUAUGCUCUGUGUAUUAUAUAUAAUUGUUUGUAUGUUUUUGGUUCCAUCAUAACUGUGGCCACACAAUAUUUACUUGUUACUUUCCUAAUGCCUGUCAAAUACAUCAAUUACAUACGUCUAACACUA